GUUGAUGAGGUGAUAAUAAACUUAAAAAAAAAAACAGGAUAAAUGAAAUGCUGCUAGCUCUUCGAGCACCAAAACUGGGUGUUUUACCCUCCAAAAUUGGCAUUAAUUUCAACAAACAGCAAAUUUUACAUCCAAAUCUUCACUAUUCCUCUCCCAUUCUUAAGUCUAGUCUCAGCUUCAAAUGCUCUCUGCCUUGUUAUUGCAUCAAAAACAGGCUUACUGAUAGCUCCACUGAGGGUUUUUCAGUGCUUUCAUCAGAAAUUCCAUGGGAAAGAGAAAAUAUAUGGAGCAUUAUGGCUAUGUUUAUGUUCAGUUUGCAUAUUCCAUUGGGUUUUGGAGGCUUGUCUAUAGUUGCCUAUCUACUGCACCAAUCGGUUCUUGAUCCACAAACUGAGAUAUUAUCAUUGCUGAUCCUUCAAAUUUUGGAACUCAUUGGUGUCCUAAUUCUGCUUAGCACCACUGCCAAGCCAGAAAAGAAGCUAUUAAACUUCUUCAAAUCUUAUGAGUACUCUAAAGACAGGAGCUGGUUGGUAGCAACAUUACUAGGUUUCGGGUCUUUAACUUUAUUGGUGUUUCUCACAUCUUUUCUGGCUGAUGUAUUGGUUGAACCUAAGGAUGUGAACAACCCAAUCUUGAAGGAGAUUCUACUGAGCAACACCACAUCAAAAACUGCCUGUGUGGUGGUUUACUGCUUUGUGACACCUCUACUGGAAGAAAUUGUUUACAGAGGAUUUCUGCUGACAUCUCUAGCCUCAACAGUAAACUGGAAAACAGCAGUUUUUCUCAGUUCAAUUGCAUUCAGUGCAGCUCACUUUUCCGGUGAGAAUUUUAUACAGUUGGUUAUAAUUGGAUGUGUUCUUGGUUGCUGUUAUUCUUGGACAGGAAACUUGAGUUCUUCCAUUGCUGUACAUUCCUUGUAUAAUGCUUUCACUCUAAUUAUAACCUUAAUGUCUUAAUUUUGAGGCUUAAUGAUCUACAAUUUUCAGACC